GGCGGAGAGCCGGAGCCUGGGAGCCAGCCUGCGCCGGAGGCCCUGAGCCCGCGGGCCCCGGGGUCCCGGGCCGUCGGCGGGCAUGUUCAAAAAUGAGUACCAGGGAGGUGCAUUUGUUGAAAUCUUCAGUGCUCAGGGAAAAAAUCCUGGAGCAAAAUGGAAGAUUCUUGGCAGUCCAUCUGUGAUCUGGAAGGAGUUUGACAAAGAAGUUAAAAGUUUUGUGUUUGUCCUGGAAGGCAGCAGCCAAACCAACAAAAUCCAGUUACCACAGGAGAGCAGGCAGAAGCUGGGCCUGAUCCAGAGGUUCCUUGUGCUUCAGAUUUAUUUGCCACUUGGACAGGACUUCUCCACUGAAUUGCUAAUUACUGAUUUAAGAAACAUCAAGAGAAGAUUGUAUUUAUCAACAGUCCACAAGGAACUGUCCUCAACCCCACUUCAUGCAAAAAUCCCACUCCUCAUGGUCAAGCGGAAAAUUUGGUGCAAUUUGUGCAUUGACUUGGUGGCGUUCACCAGUGAGAUAUUCAAGGGGGCAGUUUUCCAGUCACUGGAUGGGAUUACUGUUUCAGCGAACUGUAAGCUCCGGAAAAUCUUCACCUUAAAAUCUAAGCCUCAUGACGCUGCCGAUAAAGAUGGUGAGCCCACAGGCAUUAUUCCACGAAGCUGUCAACUGCCAGCAGAUGUUCCUCAUAUGACACAGCUGCUAAACAUGACCAAACUGCACCAAAUUCAAUGUGGUGGUCACCCUUUAAGGUCGGCAGAAUCAGACCAGUUCAUCAACAGAGGAGCGGGCAGUGCCCGGAGCAGUAGAAGUCAAGACGUGUGUCACAUUGCCUUUGGAUCCAAAGUUCUUGGACCACCUCCACUCUCCAGCCGAAGGCACAACCUGAGAUUGUCCAGUGAGACAGUAAGAUCCACUGGGUCCAAAAAUAGCCAGUUGUGCCAGCAGCCCGCCACGGAGAAGUGUGUUAGCGCCAAGGGGUCAGGCUUGCUGACAGCCGAGCCUGAGAAGCAAGGCGGUAAAGGAAGUCCCGGCCAGACACAGACGGUGCUUCCCCCUGUCCAUCUCCCUACUAUACACCCACAUCCCCCUCAAGAGCCAUUGGGAGACAAGAAUAAUCAUAGAAGAAGAUUUCGGCUAAAAAGUGCCAGCAAAGAAAGGACAGAGACACCCACUGGCAGCUCUUCAACAAACAAGAGCGAAAGUGAAGGGACUCCCUUCCCUGCCGCCGUCACACAACUGAGAACCGAGCCCGGGAACCCCAGUGCUCCAGAACCCCAGACUCCUGAGGAAGCAGAUGAGUGGAUUUUUCCAGAAAAUGAUGAGGAGACCCCCCAUCCCUUGCUCCUGGGUGAGGACUCAGGCACCAUGUCAUACCUGUGGCCAGAAAGCAGCAAGGACAGCGACCCCGACAGGACAGAGGACACCCAGAUGGCCCCAAAGGACAUUUUCACUUUUUCAUCGAGACCCCGAUCAGCGCCUCAUGGGAAGACUCAGACCCUGUCCCCAGAGCAGAGCUCACUUGCUCUUGAUCUGAAAGAGGAGGAAGGUCUGACAAGGGACGACACCCAGUUGGCGGCAGGUGUCUGCGGUGAUGGCGGCAGCGCAGAGGAAUACAACUGGAGGAACUACGAAGCCAGCCAGAUGAGCGAGUCCGAGUGGCAGAUGCUAGCCAGCCUCAGAAGGCAGCAAAACGAAGAGCUGGAGGAGCCCAGGGCUCCCCACGGCCUGAGCGCCUCCCAGGUUGACAACUGCAAUGUCAGCGUCAGCACCAGCAGUGAUGACACCACCACCUGGAACUCCUGCCUGCCACCUCCUGUGAACCAGGGUCGUCACUAUCAGAAAGAAAUGAAUCCGCCUUCUCCAUCUAACCCCCGAGACUGGCUACGCAUGCUGAGCCCACCAAUCGUCCCCCCCAGUCAACAGCCAGUGGAGCAGCUGCUGGAGUCCUCUGGAAGUCUGAGUGCUCAAGGUGAAGAGGACCUGAGUGUGGAAGAAGAUGAGGAGGUGUUGACCCUGUUGUAUGACCCCUGCCUAAAUUGCUAUUUUGACCCUCAGACUGGGAAAUACUAUGAGCUGGUGUAACUCCAGCCUCCAGGGCAGAGAGUGGCCUCCCCGCUGGAGCAGGAUAGCUGCUUGAUGUCGGUUGAGGAGGCACCAGGACCCAUAUAUAGGAGGAUCAAGAAAUCAAAAGAUAGAGAAAAUGAAGCAAUUUUGUGAAGAAAGCUGAAAGUUCAGAGCACCUGCAUUCCUUCUGUAGAUGUGUGUGGAUUUUGAAAACUGUGAAGGAAUUAAUACAAAGACAAGACUAGGAUUUUGAAUCAGUUUGUAUUUGUUUAUUCUCAUCCUAUACAUUUUAUUUCCUAUGUUUUAUGUAGGCAAAUUAGGAAAUACUCAUUCAAAUUUUUGCAGUGUUAAUCUGUAAAUGAUGGCCUGAUACAGUACAGAAAAUGUAUUCUUGUUGAAAACAUGUCUGAUACUUUUUAUUUUGUGACUUAUUUGUAUUAAAAAUAAAGCGUGGGCUGGA